AUGGCGAUGAUGAUGACUGGCCGUGUGCUGCUGGUGUGUGCCCUCUGCGUGCUGUGCUGCUGGUGUGUGCCCUCUGCGUGCUGUGGUGCGGUGCCGGCGGUGGUGGAUGUUGUUGUUUCUGGUGGUGGGGACAACAAAAAAUUGGAGGAACAGAAAUUGUCAUCCCCAGUCAUAUCGGGCGUGAAACCACAAGCGCCAGAAGUUGAAGAAUCACCGACCCGACGUUCAGACGAUGUUUUGGAGGAAACGUAUGAAGUCGUUGUUGAGCGAGAUGAAGCGGAUGGCCGUGGAGUUGGAGCUGAUGGUGAAAAAGGGAAAACCGUUCAAAAAGGAAGAGGUGAAAGGGAGUCUGAAGGCGAUUCAGCGACAGAGGCGGAAUUGCACUUAACCGAGGAUGAGAUCUUACGGCAGCCGUCACCGAAUGGAGCAAAAGAAGGUGAAAAAACGAUACCCUCCAACGACACUCCGCCAGAAGAAAAAUUUCAACAAAAACAAGAAGAUCCACCGAGUUUGUUGCAGAGUGAACCCGGUGAUCCCGCGAGUGGAAGGGGAGUUCCGCCGGAAUCAACGGAACAUAAACCACCCGCAUCAGGAAACCCAAGUUCAGAGACAGAAACAACAGGAAUUGAGAAGGUAUCAACACCCACGCAUGUGCGAGAAUCCCCGAGAGUAAAGGAAAAGGAAGUUUUUGCCACUAAACACGAAAGAGAAGAUAAAGAAGGGUCUGGAGGCAAUCCAAUUAAAGUGACAGACGUGCGGUUGUCUGAGCCGCAGGAAUUGCGGUCACAGUCACUGGAUGGAGCCCAACGAGUUGAAACGGGGGUACGCCCAAUUAACAGUUUGCCAGAGGAUCAAAAUAAACAACGAGUUUUAUUGGAUUUGUCGCAGGGUGAAUCAGCCAACGAUCCACCGGAAACAACUCCAAAAUCCUCUUCUACAGGUGGACAUCGUGUUGAGAACAGUCGUGCGAAUGACGAUGGCGCGAAGAAUACUGAGGGGUCAGCUGCUGGAGAAAAGAAGGACGACAAGAAAGGCCUCGAAAAAGAUGUUGUUCCGACAAUCAGUGAGGGAAAACUACAGCCGCCACUCACGACAGCCGCCAGCACGAGUGCUACGGCAAUAGAUGGUGACAGUAAAGGCAGCCCCACAGCAGCUACGGCCCUGCAGUCUGACGAUGGCUCAGAAAGCAAUCCGGCCAAAAAUGGCUUGAGACAACCUUCCAGUGAAAGAAUCGCACAGCUCAGUACGACUCCCGAUCCUGAAGACGCAUCAGAAGUCACAGAGAACGCGGCCGCUGAACAUGCAGGAAUCCCAACAACAAAAGCAAUCGCCACAGCCAAAACAAAUGACACGGUGACAACUGGUGACACCGCCGCCAAUCAGCCGCUCCAAGGAUUUGUGUUGGUCGCCAACAGAAUGCGCGGUAGACCGUCGGUUUCCUUCCAAUGGAUUUGA